GCAAAGAGGCAACCCACCUGCAGCGGGCGCGGACGCGAUGAUUCAGGGCCACAAACCCAUAAAGACUGGAAAUACCGCUGCUACGAAACCGAUACCACACAUAUGGACGAUAUUGAAUCAAAGAUCGUUCAUAACGUUAUGCACGAUCUUUGAUUGUGUAGGCCCCUAUAUUCGUUUGUGAUACUGAACCACCUCACGUCCUCAUAACAAAAAUCAUUUAGUCCCCAUUAAUAUCAAGGCACUGUUUUUUCAUAUGGAAAUGACAGAUGAGAGAGAGCUAGCAGUACUUUCUCUUUCAUUUUUAGGCCUACAGUCGGUGAAAUGAUAUCACGUGCUUUAAGUUCUAAGACGCAACAUUUAAAAUUAUUUUCAAAAUUUGGUUUAUUUAAAAGCUGGGGCCUAAACACAUAAUUAUAAUAUUAUGUCGAUAUACCUAUGGGAUCCUUGAUACAAAUGGGAUGAUCAUUAAAUCAGAAAAAGCAACUGUUCACUAAAUGCACAUAGCUAAAUAAUUUUCAUAUAAACACCAUGUUCUGAGAAAUAAUAAACGAUGAAUAGCAAAAAAAAAAACCUUUCGCUUUACAGUUCCUGAAAAGAACUCGAUAGCCAAUGGACUAUAUAGGCUUUCUCAGUGCUGAGAAAGCCUACUUAGUUCUUAGCCUAGGGAUGAUGAGUGCGUGAGUGCAAGCGUGCAAGAUGAUACCGAUACCCAUCAAACACGCCAGCGCUCGCUCCGAUACCAAAGAUUGUUAUAUGAUCAUUGCCGAUACCCGUGCGCGAUACCAGUGACCAAACAAACAAUUCUGCAACACGGUAGCAAGAAGUAAGAAGACUGCAAGGCGGGAUUCAAAACAUUACAAGCAGUGAACGAGAUUUUUUACGUGAUUUAUUUCUGUUUAUGUCCCUGCAGUGAUCAGGCAUCAGCGGAAACAUGGAUUUAUUUGUUGUUAUAGGCUUGAUUUUAGUUCAAGUAGCGUCUUAUUCAACACUUUAUGGAUUGGUGAAAUUCAGUUUGAUUGGCUCCAAGGGCUUCUUGAUUGGCAGCUAUGUUUCGGUCAUUGCUGUCCCUUUCUUGACGUACUUGUUGUUCCGAAGAGGUUUUAGGAAUGUCGACCCAUUGAUGUACGUUUUCAGCAUCUUCAGUUGGGCAGGUCUCCUUAACCUUGGAAUUGUUCUUGAACUAGAUGGCUUUAUUCCCAAGGCAUUGGCUCCAUUUACAUUGGAGUAUUUGCCUUUCCUAAAGACGGCCCAUGGUGCAGUGUACCUGUACUGGGAUGGAGUUGUCAACUUUCUACUCGGAAUAGGGUGCAUUGCCCUGUACACUUACCGAGAGACUCACAGAGAGGUCGGCUUGUACUGGGCUGGGUCUGUCCUCAAUGGCUAUGCAGUACUGCUUCCUGCUUAUUUCACAGGAAAAGAUGAGAUCGGGUGGACGUUGUUUGCCGACUCUACCUUCUGUGUUAUCCCCCUUUUGGCUCUCAUCAAUAUGAUUCAUAAUCGCACUAUUCAGGCUCGCACUUUUAUUAAGUUUCCUCCUCUGUGGAAGAGACCUGUUGAUUUGAUCUUCUUCCUGUAUUUCUUCGUUGCUAUGCAAAUUGCAGUGAUACGGGCUCUUGCUAUUCAUGGUGCUAAUGUGCCGAUCAUCAAGCAGUAUGUGAAGUCUGCUGAGCCUUAUCUCGCUGAUCCCAGCGGAGCUCCUAAAUUCCAGAUGCUGACGUACGAUUACCUCUAUGUGUGCUACUACAUUUUCGCUAUGUACGGUCUCUGGAGUCCUGGACAGCACUGGAUGGGAGAUUUCUCCCUUGUACAUGCUGGAGCAGCGGGACAGGCCCAAUUCACCUACAUGGCCGGAGCUCUCAACUCUCGUACUUCCAAGAGCCUGCGACCUCCUAGUGGUGGAAAGGGAGCCAUUAUAUUCUGGGCGGUCAACGGAAUCUUGUUCGUCAUGCCCCAUCUGUUUGCCCUCUUCACGCAGCGCGAUACUGAGAAGUUUGGAAGGACACAGACCAUUGACUUUGCCAGCCCAGUGAGAAAGUAUGUGUACAAGUUCAAGGAGACUCGCUAUGAGAGGAAGGUGGAAUAGAUCUCACUUUGCUUGUGGCUCUGCUGCUGACUGAUUUAGUGCAAAGAUUUAUACUCAAAUUCGUUGCUUCAACUACUAUUUUGUUUUUGAGUUUAUUUUAGUACUUAAAGUCCACUUGUUGGCAGUCUUUAUAGAAAAAAGCUGUACUACUUUAACUUAUCUGAUUUUGUUCCAGUUGAAUUUGGUCACUUUCAGUUGGGUACCAGAGUGUUUUACUAGUAAUAGUUCUAGUAUCUAAGUUCUUUUCUGGAUAAAAAGGACCGUAGACCAUAGACCAUAUUUUUACCACUGGUUUAUUUCAAGAUUUAGCUAGAUAAUGCUAAGAUGUUCUUGAUCCCAUCAAGUAUAUUUUUUGUGAAGUCUGGAGAAAUAUUUCGUCUAUUAAAUUCACCCCUGUGUGUCUGUGAGUGAACGGUUAUUUUCUGCUCCAUUUUAAAGCAAUAGGCUCUUGUGCAAUGGUCACUGGUAUUUUUUAAAAGUUCAGUGUGCCUACAAUCGUUGAAUGUGCAAUGAACGUUGGAUUGUUGACAGGUGUAACUAUAGGUAGUCUGUGGUAACAAAACAGAGAUCUUGCCUUUGACUGUGCUACUUUUCAGCAUUGCCAAUUACUCCAGUCUGAUGAUCUUCCUAUCUCAGCCUGUCUUAUUUUCUGAUAGAAUGUGAGAGAUGCUAGAUUCGUUAUCCUUGAUGCUUGAGACUGUUGUGUCCUGUCCGUAUUUGGUACUAUUUGUUGUCAUGUAACUGUAAAAAGUGAAAUUUCUUCAUGUUAUUCUCUAUAAACUUCUUGCACCUUAAGGCAGCAAACUGAAGCAAGUGCUAUAUCUAUCCUUGCAUACUCUCAUUUUAUUGUCACUGUUGAUGUCAAACUCUAAAAGUUUGUUACGAAUCUCUGAAAGAUUUGCAAUUCACCUUCUACUUUCACAAAUGUACAUUUUUUUCUAACUUGUAAAUUUUUACUCUGUUUCGUUACUAUACACUUUGGGGGUGUGGUUUUUUUUUCGCAUAGUGCAUUAUGAAAUUUAUGUUAUUGCUGGCUUCAUUGGGUUAAGAAAUCUAAGUUAUCAUUGUGUAGAAAUCUGAAUGUUCUGCAACAUAUGAAGUGGAGUCCUUUAGCCCCUUUGUUUGCUCCUGCUUGCCUAUAUGACAUUACACGUACAUCAUGCUAAAAGCCUGGCGCUAAUAAUAUUCUUCUGUACAGAGUUUAAGCCAUAAAUGCUGCGUGGAUUUGUAUUCGGAAAUAAAAGAUGCGCAUAUCGGUUCUAAAUUUGCUUGUAUUUCUUUACUGCUAGGCUUGCAAGCGAUCGAUAAACACAGUUGUAGGCUUGGGGGCGUAAAAUGUAAACAUCGAAAUGACUUUAAAAAGUCAAUUAAAUUCACUUUUUGACUUAGAUUUGCAGGUUAUUCGAAAUUAUCAAAGAGAUGGGAGGAAAAGGGGAAUAAGAAAAGUGGGAAAAGUGACAACUGAAGACCUGGUGUCCAAAAUAUGUCACGAGUGCGCUGAAUCUAGAUCUAGCUCUAGAUCGCUCGUCCAUUUACACUGAGACAUUAGGGUACUGUCCUGGGAAACGAGCUCCGCUGAAAAAUCAGUGCUGACAGUAGGAACGCAUACCUCCUGGCAACGAAAGGGUUAAUUGCUCCUUUUGAAAAAUCUCCUAUGGGCACUUGUCAAGACAUUUAAACAAGCUAAUAACUCACAUAUCUUAAUAUUUUUUUCGUUAGCAUUGUUAAAAAUUUGAGUUUGAAUUUUACACCUUACAUCUAUUUUCUCUUACAAACGGCUUUUGCAAUAGUCAUCGCUGUUUUUUUGGGGGGGGGGGGGGGGGGGGGGGGGGGUUGUCAUUGAGAGAACUUAUUUUCUGCCAUGACAAAGAACCUGGUUCUGUUCCCAAUACCGGGCAUUAGGAUUGGUGUUAACGAGAUUUUUUUCAUGUUGUUGAUCAUAGGGUAGGUGCAAAGAGGUUAUUCAUAAUCUUAAAGUUAAAGCUCACAGCAGUGAUGUCACAUGUGUCAGAUAUGGGGGCCUUCUUACCCUCAUCAGCAUGCCCCCAUUUACAUGAACAAUCUGACACACCCCCCGCGCUCCCUACGACGAGCUCUAGCACGCAACCCCCGUUUGUUUACAUGGGGGAGAUCACUGCCAUAAACUCGUACUAAAUAUAACAUCUUUGGGUAGGUGGCAUUGAGUGUCAAGCUUUCUUUGAUAAUAUUGAAUGACUAGCUUGAUGACCACAGGCCCGCUUCAUCUUUUCUCGUCCCACCAUCCCAUGUGUUCAAAUGCAUUUACCUUUACUUGGUUUUAGUGUUCAUUAGUAUUGCCAUGUGCAUACUUUUUUUUAUUGAUGUGUGUACAUGUAGGCUACUGAUUUUACUUUGUUUUGUGAUUUAUUAUUUAAUUAUAGUCUUACAAUUUUAGUGACGAUUCAAUAAAAUUACAUCAUCUGACAUCUCCUCUUUUACAAAGACACAGACUAAUGAGUACAGGUAUAGCUUUAAAAAAAAUACAAAAUCACUUUCAUUGAGAUCAUCUGAAAGUCGGUCUUGGAUUUGUGGUUCAAAGAAUACAAAAUCACUUUCAUCGUAUGACAUAGUGAACUUGUUCUGCCUUCUUAGAGGUUUAUUCGUAUUUGUAAAAAAAAAUAAAAAAUUCUGAACUCAGAUUCUUCCCAUGCAAUUCCUGCUCAUUCAUGUUUUUUUGUGAAUAUGGGUAGAUGGUAGUUUAGAUGUCUUGCUGUAUUUGCGAAGUAUUUUUUAAAUUUGCGUACACUGUUUUUUAAAACUUUUAUUUUUGUAUUGUUGUCGGUUUGAAAUUUAUUUAUUUUGAUUUUUUCGGCUAGAACUAGAUAUUUUUUAUACUUAGUGCAUGCUACUGUAGACUCAGUUGUCACAAUAAAUAUCAUGAGACAUCAAA